AAUUUUGAUAGAGACACACAAACCCUAGAACUUGAUGCUCAGAUUCAGCUUCUAUCUUUGAGACGAGGUCGUUGAUUGAUAUGACCAACAGCUCAUCUUCGACAAAGCACGGUCAAGAUCAGCCUGAAUUAAGUGGUCCUACCCCCAAAUCACAGCGAACCAAAAUGGGCAAAUCCGAAGACAACGAUAAGAAGAACUUAGGUAAGAAACUCAAAGAUGUGGAAAUAAGCAUUCCAAUAGUAUAUGGGAACGUAGCAUUUUGGCUUGGCAAAAAGGCUAGCGAGUAUCAGUCGCACAAAUGGACAGUAUAUGUUCGUGGAGCUACCAAUGAGGAUCUUGGGACGAUAAUAAAGCAUGCUGUUUUUCAGUUGCAUUCUAGUUUCAAUAAUCCCACACGUGUUGUGGAGUCACCGCCUUUUGAAUUGUCAGAGUCAGGAUGGGGGGAAUUUGAAGUUUCCAUCACACUUUAUUUCCACAGUGAUGUUUGUGACAAGCCUUUGAACUUAUAUCAUCACUUGAAGUUGUAUCCAGAGGAUGAAAACAGUUCCAUGUCCACAAAGAAGCCUGUUGUUGUGGAGUUUUAUGAUGAGAUAGUUUUCCCUGAUCCUUCUGAGGCUUUUUUAGCUCGUGUGCAAAAUCAUCCAGCUGUGAACUUGCCAAGAUUACCUGCUGGACUCACCUUGCCUCCUUCCAUACCUGUUGAGGAUGCAAGUAAAAGGAGGAAAGGUGAUACCAAAGAUCAUUCCUUAAGUCAAUGGUUCAUGAAUUUCUCGGAAGCGGAUGAGCUCUUACAGCUUGCAGCAGCUCGUCAGCAGGUUCAAGCUCAUAUUGCUAAACUCAGACGACAGAUAAGCUUGAUAGAUGGACAGCAUCAGCAGUUUAAAUCUUCUUCUGACCUGUAGAUGUACAAUUAGGAUCUUUGAGGUUUAUUUUCUAAUUACUGAGAGCAGAAGAAUGGGUUGAUUAUAUGCUUCUAAUCAGCUAGUUGUUUCUUCAGCUGUAUUGUAACUUAUUUCAUUUUUUGUCUGCGGUGUUGUAAUGUUAGUGUACCUUUUGCCAAUAAUAAGCGGCCCAAUGUGUAUGAUUUAAUCAUAAAAGUGAAAGAUGUUGUCCUUUUAUUUCUGAUAAUAUAUAUUCAA